ACCUGUUACUGUUUUAGUUGGACGGCAGCGAAGUGAACCUCCCCAGGCUAUACCACGCCGUGGAACGCAACGGCGGUCUCAGCAACGUCAUACAACGCAAGCGGUGGGGCCGCGUCGCCGACGAGAUGAAGCUGACCAAGUUGCAGCACCCGGAGCGCAAGCUGGACCCCAUAUACAUGCGAUAUCUGCUGCCCUACGCCACGUUGUCCGAUCAGGAACGCCAAAGUAUAAUGGCGGAAGUGGAAAAAUGCUGGACCACCAAGUACCAGAAGAUGCUAGAACGGGCCCGCAAUCCCUUCCAGCGUCAGAACCGGAUGCUGGGCACCGAGUGCGAGUCGGAAUCUGACGACGAAGGAGAGGAUGGAAACACAGCUGGUGCGCUCCAAGAGGCAGAGGACUGCAUAGUGCAGGGGCGCACAAUGAACCUCGUCACAUUCAAAAAAAUCGCGACGUCGCUCAUGGACGCGCACUUCGACCCGUCCAAGCAGCCGCCGGGCGCCGUCGACGUCGAGAAGGCGUACUGGCGCGCCGUGCUGCUUGGCACCGAGCACAUCGUGGCCAACACGGCGUCCAUAGACACGGGAGAGGAGGGUUAUGGUUUCCCGAAGGACCCGCAGGCCGACUACGGCGCGCACCCCUGGAAUCUCAAGGUCCUGGCGCGGAACCCGAACAACGUGCUCCGCUACCUCGGCCCAGUGCUGGGCGUGACUGUGCCCACGCUCCACCUCAGCAUGCUGUUCAGCACCUCGUGCUGGCACCGCGACCCCCACGGCCUGCCCUGGACCGAGUACAUGCACAGCGGGGCCGAGAAGAUAUGGUGCGUGCACUUGUGUGUGUGUGUGUGUGUGUGUGUGUUUGUGUGCGUGUGUGUGUGUGUGCGUGCGUGCGUGCGUGCGUGCGUGCGUGCGCGUGGUAAUGUUUAUAGCAAAUAAAAUAUUCUUAUUCUGUAUCAACUAUAGUAGGUAGUGACUGCCAUAUAUACUUUGUAUCUUUAGGUAUUUAAAUAAAAGUAACCUAACUAUUCUAAUCAAAAUUAAUUUCAAUUGGAAGAAACGUAGGUAGGUUACAUAUUUUAAAAUAUUUGUAUGUAUUUAUUUAUAUAUGUAGUUAGGUAUGUCUUCUUCUUAUGGUGCCAUAUCCUAUCGGAUGUCGGCGAUCAUCAUGCGAAAGUUUUCUCUAAUCUUUGCCGUUCUAGAAAGAGUGGCGGCGUUCUUGGUACCGGUCCAAUCCCAAAUAUUUUUACUCCAUGUUGUUCUAGGUCUUCCCUUACCUCUUUUACCUUCUAUUUUACUUUCUAUAAUUUUUCUCAAUAUGUCAUAUUUACUAUUU